AUUUGAAGACUGCUCGUCACUCUCACGCGUACACAGAGACAGACAGCCCUAGAUUUUCAGACCCAAAUAUCUCCUUCCUUUUCCAAAAACUUGACUUCUCUUUUAGGUUCCUCCACACAAAUACACAGGCUUCAAGCCAGAAUUUUUGAUCGUCUGCUUUGCUCGUGUUUUCUCCUUUCCUCCAUGAGCGAAAGCUUCACUUCUUUGCAGCUACAGGCUUUUUUUGUUGCAGACUGGUGGUGAUGGGCGAUUUGUUGGUCUCUUCCACAGAAACCCACAUCUGGGUCUGAAAAAUAUCACACCUUUUUUUGUCGUCUUUACUGUGUUUGCUUUGCCACUUUACAGCUUCAAAGGUGAAGAGCCUAUUGAUCCUCUGAAAAAAACCCAAUUCAGAUCCUCCAAAACCCCAAUUCAGUUCUAGUCUUCAUAUUCAUUUUCCCCUCCCAAAUUCUCCUCCAAGGCGUCAAAUCUUCAUAAACCCACAAUACAGCCCUCAAAGCUCGCCUCCUUUUUCUUACUCCCAUAGGGAUUUGCUGCGUAAAAAGUCAAAAUGCAAGACCCAGCGACAUUCCAACCCAUGAAACCCAACUUCCCAGAACAAGAGCAACUCAAAUGCCCACGCUGUGGGUCCGCAAACACCAAGUUCUGCUACUACAACAACUACAAUCUUUCACAGCCACGCCACUUUUGCAAGAAUUGUAGGCGGUACUGGACCAAAGGCGGUGCUCUGAGAAACAUCCCAGUUGGCGGUGGAACCCGCAAGAACGCAAAGCGGGCGUCAAACCCAAAACGAUCCUCUUCAUCAUCUUCAUCAUCAACAGCAUCAAAUUCGGCGGUGCAGAAUCCGCCUCCGGAGCCCGACCCGACCCGGAUGUAUGGUGCUGCGGCGGCAGCGGAUCAAGAGCGUCGGAUGCUGGACGUCACCGGGAGCUUUUCCUCGCUUCUGGCAUCAAAUGGGCAGUUCGGAAGUUUUCUGGAUGGCCUGAAUCCAAAUGGGUCGGGAGCGAAAAUGGCGCAAAUAGAUGAGUUUGCAGAGAAUUUGGAUUCGGGUCACGUUCUGGACACAGGUUCGGAUCGAAACCCGGUAAUGGCGGUGCAGAGUAAUAGCAAUUCAGAGAGUUAUUUGGGUUUGGCAAGUGGUGAUUCAAGCUGUUGGACCGGCGGCAAUGGGUGGCCGGAUCUUGCCAUUUACACACCAGGUUCAAAUUUUCAGUAGAGAGAGAGAAAGAGAGUUUGUUUUGUUUAAUCUAUUUAUUUAAUCUAUACUUAGAAAGUACAGUGGUGAAGAGAGGAGCAUGAUUAAACUCAAGCUUUUUGUAGCAUUUUCUAAUGCUAUGGAGGAGGGUGACAUGCCACAAGGCCACAACACUAGCUUUUGUUUUUUUUUUUUUUUGGUGGUGUGUUUGCUUGUACUGAUUAUAUGAAUGAAAAUAUUUUUAAAACAAUAGCAUUAUUGUUUUUUUUUUUUUUUUUUUUUUUGUGGGGGUUGGGGGUGGAGUAUAUGUCAAUCCUUAAUCAUCAUGUUAUGCAAAUGCAAGAAGCCAAGAACAAUCCUUUACAAGGGCUGCUUGUUCUCAUCUAUAGGUUUCUAUAUAUGUUAUGUAUGUAUGUAUAAGUAUGUAUGGCAUUCUUGAAUCUUGAAGGAUUUUGAGAUUUCUUCUUGAUGAUGAAUAUAAUUAAUACAUUUUGAGAAGUGGCGGAAGAUAUGGGGAAAUCCAAUGUCCAUUGUUCUUUUGUUUCCACUGUCUUUCAAGGAAUAGACAAAGUUCAACUCCCAAGUCCCCCUCCACUUGGAUAUUAUAUACAUAUUUAUCUUAUUCUAAA